AUGAGUACCAACAUUGCCACUAAAGAUAACAAGGCAAGUAAGAGGCCCAGGGAAUCAAAUGAUACCAAAAAAAAUGACAAAGUUUUUAAAAAAUUUAAGUACGGCACUUCUAAUCUUUUAGAACCUGGGACCUCUGGUUGUUAUGCAACCUGUGUUAGAAGAAAGGAAAAGUCAGCUGAAUAUGAACUCUUACAAUUAUUCGAAGAAAAAUAUAUAGAACUGUAUGGAGAAGAAGAACUCGACGAUGAUACAGCAAAUAUCAAGGAUGUUGAAGAAGAUAUUGGGGAUCAAAUUCAAAAAGAACUACAACAAUUACAGAAAAAUAGUAAAAAUGGUUCUUCCAGCUUGAAUAAUGAAAAAAAUAAAUCAAUAUUUACUAUAAUUGAAUUAAAUUGUGAAUGUGUUAUAUUCAUUAAAAUUAGAAAACCAAUAGAACCAGAAUUUUUUAUCCAUGAGGUCAUUAAGGGCUUGAAAAAUCAAGAUUCUAAAAGAACAAGAUAUUUGGCAAAGUUGACACCCAUUACCUUUUCUUGUAACGCCUCGAUGUCUGAGUUGGAGAAACUAUGUGAUAGGGUUUUAGCACCACAUUUUCAUACCGAGGAAUCUAAAAAAGGUUUAAAAUUUGCUAUUGAUUUAGACAGAAGAAAUUUCAAUACUUUAGAUAAAAUGGAAAUGAUUAAGUUAAUAGCCAAAUGUGUAUCCAAAAAUAAUGUUAUCCCGCAUACAGUUGAUUUAAAAAAUUUCGAUAAAUUAGUUUUGGUGGAAUGUUUUAAAAACAAUAUUGGUAUGAGUGUUGUUGAUAAAGAUUACCGAACAGACUUUAAAAAAUACAAUAUUCAACAAAUAUUCGAACAAAAAAAAUCUAAAAAAUAA